GUCGAUACAGAGGACAAAACUGUAGACUUCACUUCAGCAUACGGAACUCAUUCAGGUAGUCGUCCUGCAGCUUUUAAAGGUUAUACUCUGAAGAAUGGAAGAUAUCUACAUUAACAACACCUCACGGGCCAACAGCUAUAAUUACAGCAACGUCACCUUCGCAUUCAAUGAUUUUAAAGGAAAAGAUGGAUCUGCUAUGAAUGUGGUGACAUACAUAAUCAUUGGUAUCGGCCUUCCUUUGACCCUUGUGGCCAUCUAUGCUCUUUAUUCUCUGGUGGAAAAAGAUCAUGUUGCUCCGAUCUACGUCAUCAACCUUCUCAUUUCUGACAUCAUUCAGUUCAGCUGCAUGAUCGUUCAGAUGGUACCACUUCAAGAUGUGAAAUUAUCUGAAACUUUCUUUUAUAUUUACCUCUCUGGACUGUUGGCCAGUGUCGGCUUCAUGGUGUGCGUCGCCCUGGAAAGGUAUUUGGUCAUCGCCUUCCCGCUGUGGUACCGCUUCAGACGAACCAUCAAGACCUCUGUGGUGGUCUGUGUUGUGGUCUGGACUGUUCCUCUUGUGUUUUUCUUCACUUUCUUAUUCAUAGUUGAUUCUAAGGUGCCACAAAUUGUCUCUGCCGUCUUUCUCCUCUGUCCUCUACCACUGUUCAUAUUCUUCCUUGGUGGGACCCUCAAAGCCCUGUCUGCGUCCAUAUCACUUCCAACUGAUGAAAAACGACGAAUUGUGGGAAUUUUGGUCCUGGUGCUGCUUACUUACAUGCUGCUGUUCCUGCCCACCAUCAUUGGGUUCCUGGCAGAGGGAGCAAGAAAUAACACCACCUUCAGAAACCUGUAUGUCAUGUUACUUAGGUUGAGUCCUCUUGCAGACUUUGUUCUGUAUGUUUUCAUGAGGAAAGGGACCAUAGACAAGCUUUUGGCCUCUGUGUGUUGUUGCAGAAUGGACAGCAAUGAUAUAAGAAGUUCAUCAGUAUAAAUGAUGACAUCUACACAGUCAGCUUCAUGUAAGGAAGCAAUGUUUUGACUCUGCUGUGGGAGAACUGGCUGCUGGGAAAUGUUUUGGUGAACUUGUUCUGGUUGACUGUGAUGGCUUCAACAACUGUAAAUAAAAUGUGUUUCUUA